AUGGAUCCAAAUCUUAAACUGGGUAAUACAAAAGAAGAUGUUGUAGUAGAUAAAGAAAUGUAUCAACGUCUAGUUGGAAGAUUAAUUUACUUGUCCAUCACUAGAUCCAAUAUUUCAUAUGUUGUAAGUAUGGUUAGUCAGUUCAUGCACAAUCCUAAAGAAAUCCAUUUACAAGUAGUUCAUAGAAUCCUCCAGUAUCUCAAGGGAACUCCAGGAAGAGGAAUUUUGUUCAAAAGAAAUGAAAAUGUAACCCUUGAGGCCUAUACUGAUGCAGAUUAUGCAUGUUCAAUUGUUGAUAGAAGAUCCACUACAGGGUAUUUCACCUUUCUUGGAGGAAAUCUUGUGACAUUGAAGAGUAAGAAGCAAAGUGCAGUAGCACGUUCUAGUGCUGAACCUGAAUUUUGA